AUGGCGCCCAGCUUCGACACCCUGACCGAGCAGGAUUUCCACGAGGAAGAGGAGGAGGAGGUUGACUUCUCCGAUCUCAAGGAACAAUACGAAGUAAAGCUGGAGGAAGGCUUGGAUACAUUCGUCGUUAUCGAUGGCCUCCCCGUUGUGCCCGAAGACAGCCGCCAGAAACUCGUCAAGUUCUUAUUGAGAAAACUCAACACCGUGGGCCACACCUCCGAAGAUGCAGUUUUUAUGCCGCUGAACGACAAGGGCAUGACCGAAGGGUUCGCUUUUGUUGAGUACGAAACCCCCGAACAGGCUGUCGGCGCCAUCAAGCAGCUGCACGGCGUUCCUCUCGACAAGAAGCACACUCUUGCCGUGAACAAGCUUAUGGAUAUUGAGCGGUAUGGUCGCGAGGGUCGCAUUGAAGAGGAGUACCAGCCUCCCCAGUUGGAGCCGUUCAAGGAGAAGGAGCACCUGCGCUCGUGGAUGGGCGAUGCCAGUGCCCGUGAUCAGUUCGCCCUCUACCGGAACGACAAGGUCGGCGUGUUCUGGAACAACAAGUCUAACCCACCAGAGAACGUCGUUGACCGCGCUCACUGGACACAACUCUUCGUCCAAUGGUCCCCCAAGGGUACCUUCCUUGCCUCCGUCCACCCCCAGGGUGUCCAGCUCUGGGGCGGCGCCUCCUUCUCAAAACAGAAACAGUUCCCCCACCCCUUCGUCCAACUCAUUGAAUUUUCCCCUCUGGAGGGCUAUAUUACGACAUGGUCUGCCCGUCCAAUCCAGGUCGAGGAGGGUCAGCCUGUGCUGACCUACGAGGAGGAUGGGAAGAACAUUAUUGUUUGGGAUAUCGAGACCGGCAAACCGCUUCGUUCGUUCGUUUCCCACGAUCUGGCCCCUGGCUUCGAUGCGGACGGUGAUGUCCAGCCCAAGAAGAAGGUGCAGUGGCCUGCUUUCAAGUGGUCCGCGGACGAGAAAUACGUUGCCCGUAUGCUCCAGGGCCAGUCCAUUUCCAUCUACGAGCUCCCCAACAUGAACCUGCUGGGCCGCACUUCCGUCAAGGUUGAGGGUGUUAACGACUUCGAGUGGUCACCCGCCACCGUUACCCGUGAAGGUAUCAAGCAGUACGAGCAGCUCCUCUGCUUCUGGACUCCCGAGAUCGGCAGCAACCCCGCUCGUGUCGCCCUGAUGAGUGUGCCCUCUAAGGAGAUUGUGCGUACUCGUAAUCUCUUCAACGUGUCCGAUGUCAAGCUGCACUGGCAAUCCCAGGGUGCCUAUGUCUGCGUCAAGGUCGACCGUCACUCCAAGUCAAAGAAGUCCAUGGCCACCAACCUGGAGAUUUUCCGGGUCCGCGAGAAGGGUGUGCCUGUCGAGGUUGUUGAUAGUCUUAAGGACACUGUCAUCAACUUCUCUUGGGAGCCUAACGGUUCGCGUUUCGUUCUCAUCAACACCGGGGAGGCUCCUGCCGGUGCUGCCGUUGCUCCUCCCAAGUCUGCCGUUUCCUUCUUUGCCCCGGAGAAGAAGGGCAACACCCCUGGCAACUUCAAGCUUAUCCGGACGGUCGACAAGAAGACCAGCAACGGCAUCUACUGGUCGCCGAAGGGCCGAUUCGUUGUUGUUGCUACCGUUCACUCCCAGUCCAACUUCGACUUGGACUUCUGGGACAUGGACUUCGAGGGUGAGAAGAACGAGGCCGAGAAGGACCUUGCCGCCAACCUCCAGUUGAUGAAGACCGUUGAGCACUACGGUGUGACCGACAUUGAGUGGGACCCCACGGGUCGCUACGUGGUCAGCAGUGCUAGUGUGUGGACUCACUCGAUGGAAAACGGCUGGAACCUGCACACAUUCUCCGGAACCACCCUUUCCGAGAACCCUACCGAGAAGUUCAAGCAGUUCAUCUGGCGUCCACGUCCCCCUACCUUCCUCAGCAAGGAGGAGCAGAAGCAGGUGCGCAAGAACCUGCGCGAGUAUUCGAAGGAGUUCGACGAGGAGGACCGAUACGCUGUGGACAUUGCCAAUACUGCCGUUGUCGAGCAGCGCAAGCGCGUACUCAGCGAGUGGGUUGCCUGGUUGCGCCGGGAGAAGGAGAUCCAGGCCGAAGAGCGGGAGGCAUUCGGCCUGCCCGAGGAUGCCGACUCUCCCAAGCUGGCGAAGGAUGCGCGCAUUGGCGGCCAGGAGGAAGGCGAUGCCAUCGUGGAGGAGAUCGUGGAGGAGAUCAUCGAGGAGACCGAGGAGGUCAUUGGUUGA